GUUCUGAGGACGAAGAAGAACGAGCACCAUGUGCGGACAUGAACGACUCCAGGGGCAGCUCUAUCUCUUCCACCAUGAAAAACGACUACGAUGAACUUAUGAAGUUUGUGAAUAUAGUGCCUGAAAAUAUACUGGGUCCAGAUCGAAGCAACGCACAGCAGCAGAAGUUCAGACGAUGUUCGACAGAGCUCGAAGACAAGGAGAAUAACCUGGAAAAAGAGAACAGCUCUGUCGAAAACUGGUUGAAUGAUGUCGAGAGAAUUGAUCGAUCGAGUAAACGAAGCAACAACAACAUACAUUUAGCGGGAGACGCAAUGCUAGCUCAUGAUCGCAAUAUGAACUGUGAGUCUCGUCAUACAGAUGUAGUGUUCACUCUGCAUCGCAAAAAUAAACUAAGAGGUGACGACAGCACAUCUUCGAAUGGUCGAAGAACAGCCCAGUCGUAUCAGCAUACGCGAAGUAACAAUGGAGACACCUCUUCCAAGUGCCUGGAACUAUCUCUAGAUAAAUGGUGCCUAGAUAUGAAGAGUAUGGUUAUGGAAAAUUUCUCGACGUGGAGAAUGUCAUUAUUAGAGCAGCAAAAAACGGAGCAUGAACAAACUAAAAAAAGGUUCAGAAGUGAAAACGAAAAGUAUCUGGAUGAAAUAGAUACUUUAAAAGACCAAGUUCUUUUGUUGCGAGAAGAUAUCGCGGAGAAAGACCGUACAAUUGAAGGCCUCCAAACAGUUGUGAAUAAACAGUCAGAACUCCUCUCCAAGUCGAAAAUAAUGUUUAAAUGGAAGAAUGAAAUGGAAGCGGCGCAAAGAGAGCAAAUGUGUAUGAAAAUGGCAGAGCUGUACCACAAUAGGAAACUGAUAGGGAAAUAUUGGGCCAACUGGCACUGCCUGAUUGAGAACAAGUGGAGAGAGCGGGUGGAAAAGGCGUGUCAACUAAGAGCACAGGAGAUAUGUCACCAAUUGGAAGAGAAAUACCAACAUCAAAUGGAGGAGAUGCAAAAAGGCUUGGAAGAGUCUAGACUUCAGAUUGAGGCGAUGCAAGAUGAGAAGCAGCAGUACGAGGAAAACAUGCGCCAGGCGUUCCUAAGAGGCCUCUCUGCUCUGAAUCAGGAAGCUCACACCAUAUUUCACACUCCACGUUCGCAGCAACCAUCCGUCGCUUCUUCGUCAAUCCAGAACAUCAACUAUGCCUCAGUUAACUCAGCUAACAACGCCAAUAGCAGUCAAAAUAGUUCAAGUGUGUCUGCAAGUAACUUGUUGCACACGCGGUCUGUGGAUAACACGCCUUCUCUUGGAAUUGAACCCUUCAAUAAUUCUUUUGGCCUCAUGGAAGCUGUGGGAUCCCUAGUUGAUAUGACCCCUACUUUAGCCGUGACCUCAUCGUCAUCAGGACUGACACAUUUCACUCAUCAAAGUACUGCUGCAAAUCAUCAACAACAGCAGCAGACUGGUCCGCAAUACUUCAGCAGCAACGGUGUGGCAGUGUCCAAUCAGAAAUAUCAGAUGCACAACAGCAUUUUCAAUCAUCCAUCAACCUCUCCCCCCUCGUCAGCACCCAUCAUGACGACAUCAUCGCGCUCUGUGAAGCAACCGCAACAUCAGCAGCAAUCAGUCGCCCCUCCCCCGUAUCAACCUGCAAUUCCAGGCCCGCCUCACGUCGCCACGGCUACACCCAGAACACUGGAAAAUGGAGGUGUUCCUAAUGUGAACAAAGUGACCUCGAACUCGACUUCCAAUGUGACAUCGGCAGUUGGAGGAUCCAUAGCCAGGCGAAGCAGAAGAACUGCAAUAGUAGAGAGACACUCUCAGUCUCAGCUGAAUCCAUCAUCCAACCAAUCCAAUGGGAUGAAAAGCCAGUUUGCUCCCAAUUUACCGGCAGUCAAAGUCAAACAGGCGUUCCGAUGAGCUUUGAUUGACACGCAGCAAGGUUGGAUAUUUACGAAGGAAAAGACCAAAUUCUCUUGAUUAAUGAGAUUGAUGAAUACUGGGAAAUAGUAUUGAGAAACUAAAUUUAUCGCGCGUGUUGUUUGGACAGGAAUAACUGAAAUGACUGCAAUAUAAAUUUCGAUACUUAAUAGUUGAAUACAUUCGUUGUUGAAGCUUUGAUAUGCUAAUUCAAUUAAGUGCCUUUAUAAAGUGCCUUAAUUUGGUCGUUUUAAUUAGAUUACUUGUUUGUAAGAUGAUCUUAAAUCAUUAUUUGUUCGUCAAAUUUUGUUUUCACAGUUUGUGAGAAUUUGUUUUAUUACUAUUUGAUUACUUGCCAAUGUGUAAAUAGCUUUGUUGAUUCAAAAUUGUGUAUAAAUUUAUUUUUGAUGCUAAU